GUCCUCAAAUAGUGCGUCGACCCCAACAUUGCGUACGUUGUUUGCGGGGUUGUUUGUUUAUAUCCGGAUCCGGGGCCGUAGAGCUAAGAUCGGAAUUUCGAACCGGUACCGGUACCGUUAACUCCAGCUGAUUUCGACCUAACCUAAACUUUGCUUUGGUUAAGAACGGUGUUUGGUUUAAAUACGUUACUACUAUUCAUUUAUCACAGGCAACAACAACGGAGGUAAAUUGACAUCAAAGAUGCCAGUUGGAAGACCAAGACUGGAACGUGAACAGUCGUUCAUGGUGGCAGAAAUCCCAAACCCAUUCGUGCAUGUCCUGAAAAUGAAUGUAUGGGACUACGUGCGGAUCGCCAUCAUGUCAAUCACGAUAGCACCAAUCCGUCUGCUGGCGUUCAUCAUUCUUCUCCUUCCUGCCUGGGUAGUCUGUGCUAUUGCUGUAGCUGGGAUGACUAGGGAAGAGAGAGACCAGCCACUCACAGGAUGGAGAAAGGCGUUGCGUGUACCCAUAUUAGCCAUUGCCAGGUGCCAUAUGUUUUGUCUUGGAUUCCACUCAGUGAAGAUAAAAGGUCAAAGGGCACCACAGGAUGAGGCAUGCAUCCUGGUCAUGGCCCCUCAUAUCUCGUUCUUUGACGUCUUUGCAUUCUUUAUGACGGGUCUACCUGGUGCUGUGUCCAGGCAGGAAAAUGGAGAGAUACCUGUUAUUGGAACUUUAGCUAAAUUCCUGCAACCAGUGAUGGUGUCAAGGAAAGACCCAGACUCGAGAUCUAAGACCAUAGCAGAGAUUAAGCGGAGAGCUCAGCCAGGGAGUGAGUGGCCUCAGAUUGCUAUCUUCCCCGAGGGUACAGUAACCAAUGGACAGUGCUUCAUCACAUUCAAAGGAGGUGCCUUCUUCCCUGGCGUUCCUGUCCAGCCGGUUCUCUUGCGCUACAAUAACAAACUCAAUACAUUCCCAUGGACAUUUGAAGGACCCAGUGGCUUGUCUGUCUUCUGGCUUUCUCUCUGUAACCUGUCCAAUAAUCUAGAACUGGAGUUCCUUCCAGUCUACAACCCAAGCGACAGGGAGAAGCAAGAUGCAAAGCUCUACGCCCGAAAUGUCCGUGCUGUCAUGGCAAAGGCUUACAAUGUUCCGGUAACAGACCAUACUUAUGAAGACACCCGUCUGAUGGAGGAGGCUAAAGCCAUGGGACUACCCGGUGAGGUAGGAGUCGUGGAGUUCCACAAGUUACUCUCCAAACUUGGGUUCAAACUGGAGAGCCUGCGGACACAUCUGACUAACUAUGCUGAAAUAGCUAGCUCGGGAGGCUACAUCACCAUAGAAGACUUUGCCAAGCAUCUCAACGUGCCUGUUUCACCGUCCCUUCAAGAGGUCUUUGAUGUGUACGACAGGGAUGGUAGUGGCAAGAUAGAUUUCAGAGAGUAUGUGAUUGGAUGUGCCCUCAUUACUCAACCUGCAAACACAGAAGAUACCAUUCGGAUGGCUUUCAAGAUGUUUGGAGGAGAAAAGGAGUACAUCAGUCCAGAAGAUCUCUUCCAGAUUCUUGACAAUGCCUUUGGGAUGGAACGAGAGGAGACAGAUAGACUCUACAAGGAGAUCGAUACGAGGGGCAUUGAGCAUGUCACGUAUGAUGAAUUCAAAGCUUACGCUAUGAAGAAACCAGAAUAUGCAACCCUGUUCACCCGCUACAUGGAGAUGCCAUCUCCAUCUUCUGAUGAUGAAAAGAUGCCUGCUCAAGCUCCUACUGAUCUAUCGCCACGGCAACGACCAGUGAAAAACAAAGUUGAAGUUGUUGACUUGUCUCCCAGACAUCGUCCGCUGGAGGGUAAGAAGGAAGAUUGACAUGAGGCCAGCUUGCCUCCCGUUGUCUGAGUUGGACCAACCAGUGAUGCGUUGCUAGGUUACUCAUCUUUUCUUCAGGAUUCUCUUCCUUAUUCUACAGAUCUGCAGGCUGUUUUACUUUCACAAAGAGUCAAGUGUGACAUGAAGUCACGCAUGAGCGCCAACAUACACGUGCUGUUUAACACGCAGUGUCAUUGAUUAAAUUACACUGCAGUUAAUGAAUUUCUCUACAACUGAGUAGAGUCUCCGCUUUACUGAUUUUCUCCUGUCUUAGCACAUGAAGGAUACAAGAGAAAGAGAGAGAGUGAGAUUAUGCAGUAGUACAUGUCUUUAUAUAGCAUAAUCUUAAUAAAGGUAAUAUGUUUUAACAGCACACAGCAGGGAAUUUAAGUUUGAUUUUAAGUCACACUUGUAACUCUUUCUGAAGCAGCACUCGGGCCUCCUUAUUCCAUUGCAAAUUUUAAAACAUUAAUGCAUGCCAUUUUGUACUAGAAAGAAGCACCUUUGAUAUUUUAUAAACUUUUGUGCAGCUAUAUUUUUUACAAGGUUGUAUAUGUUCACAUAUCUGCAAGUAAAUUUUUUAAGAUAUCAUGAAAGAUUACAUGAACGGAAAUAUGAUCUUUUGGGAUUCAUGAGGAAAAUAUUACUCUAUGAAAAAUAAAUACUAUAGUAUGCAAGAAAGAAGUAUGUAUGUUGUUUGAAUAUCUGUGCAGAUGAUUUUCUAAGAGUUCUGCAUUCUUCAAAUCAUGAAUACUUUUAUAAAGAAAGAUAAGGGAAAAAUUUAAUUCAAAGCAUGGUAGAUAUUAAUUUCUUUGAAAAUUUCUCCAUUCAUUUAUGUCGUUUAUAUUUUAAAGAAAAUAGCAUGUUCUGUGUCUUAUUUUGCACCUCAGGUUUAAUAUUGCAUUACAGUUGACAUUUUGCAAUAAUAUAGUUUAUUUACAGAUAUCAAUCCACCUAUGCACUAAUCAUUUUAUGUAGUUUAAUUUGGCAUUCAUUAACUGCCAAAGCAUUGAACUGAAAACUAAUAUUUUCUAUCAGAAAGAACUUAUUCUCAAUUCAGGUAUAAAUUCCAGAAAUUAUAGACUUUAAACUGGAACUUGUUUACUUGCUGUGAGCAAUAGGACAUGCCAUUAUUAGAUACCUUAACCUGUCACCCUUAGUUCCCGUACAUAGAGUAAAUUGCCACUUAGUCUACACCCAUUUUGUCUACUUCCUACUUGGUCUCAUCCCUCGCCACAAGCACAAAUACUUGUCGUCUCGGGGAUGUUUAAACCUUGUAUCUCAUCAUUGAAAUAUUUUUAUGACAGCUCAGAAUAAGCCUGAUAUUAGAGUGAUAACAUUGGUAGCAGUCUUUUCUUGCCUAGAAAGAGUUCUCAACAGGGAAUCAGGAAAAUGUUUUCAGACAAUAUGAGAUUGCCACCAUAUUUCUAAAAUACAGCUUUUUCUAUUAAAGCUGGCCUCAAAUUUUUUCAAAUUUGCGAUACGAGGUUUUAUCAGCCCAGCCUUGAUAUGAUAUUCAAGUUGGGGGGCAGGGGUGGAUAAUGCAAUACUUCAUCCACCCCUUGGACAUUAGGUUCGCUGCUUGAGUUUAUGCCAGAGUCCCACAUGGUGUAAUGCUAUUUCAUCUACAUUCAAUUUGUGUACUAACCAGUUGAUAAAAUCACCUUUAAGCCCAUGUACUGCUUUGUCUAAUUUCCGUUUAGGCUCUACCGCUUUCAUGAUCUAAUAUCCACUUUGUCUUACACCUUUUACAUGUAGUCUAUAUGACUAGAUCAACCAUUUAAGAACCAAAAGGCAUAUCAAUAUUAGAGUAGAAAAUGCAGUUAUUGGACCAUGUGGGUAUUAGACUAUUAAAUGACAAUGAGACUUAGUGGGUACUAGAGCAAGUACAGUGUAGACCAAACAGCAAUUAGAGCAAAUAAAAAGUAGAUUAUUUGUUGACCAAAUGAAUUUCAAAGCGUACAUACAUGUACAUUAUUAAGGUAGUCACUGAUCUUGCACAUAUGUAUAGAAAAUUUUCCUAAAGUUUAUAAAAAUACUAACAUAUACCUUGCUAUUUGCUUGCCUUAACUAACUGCAUUAAUUGGUAUAGAAAUUCUAUUGAACGGGUGUUGAAAUGAAUAUGUUUUAAGUGCAUACAAUUUUUCUCUACACAUUUUCAACUAUUUUUUCAAACAGACCAGAAACAUAGUGUAAAAGUUAAAGAAAAUACCAGCACACUCCACAACAUGUAUUUAUAAAGCAAUGAGCGGUAAACAAAAAUCUUUGAUUCUAAGAAGUGCUCAAAAGUAUUGAUCUCAUCUUACUGAAUUCUACUCCUUAUAGUUUAAAAUUAAUAUUUCAUAACUGUUUGAAAUGAAAUGGUUAAAUGACACUUACUGUACGUACAUUGCAUCAUGUUAAAUAAUGAUUUAUGAGCACAUUAAUGUUUACAUACUGUACAUGCACCUGUAGAGGAAGAAAGCUUGCAUGAUUAAUUUUCUUUAAAUCACAUGUACAUAAAAUCAUGACAAUUUAUUUUAGGAGGUACUGCACAUUGUAGCUUUGAUCCCUUGAUUCAAAAUCUUUUUUUCUUUCAAAUAUCUUUUCUUUAUUAACAUUUCUUUUGACUACAUAUUUCAUUGAAUCUAGCAAUAUAAUCAAUUAACCUAUUGCCUACUGGAACUGCAAUGUCCCUGUAGAAUUUCUAUGGGAAUUACAGAUUUGAGUAGUCUUUGGGCUAAGAAUGCUUUGUUGAUAGCAAUGGUGUCUGGUGUAUACAAUCAUGCCACUGUCUAUUUUCUAUGUUGGUCACAGUGAGCGGGAGACAGGCCGUGUAAGCAAAUUAAAAUUAUUAUUUAUAAAUCACUGUCUUGUCUUUCUCUCCAAGUCUGAUUACUGCUUAUGAAUUUAUAUAAUAUAAAGUUUACUAUUUAAAUAAUGCUUUUCCAUAUUUUAAGGUAUGUAUUUUUUUUUUUUAUAACUUUGCUUCCAUUUUUUUUUUAUAUUAAAAAUUUUAGUUUAUCUUCCUUUCCAUGUAUUCUAUAUUAUGUUUUUCAAGCAGGGUUUCAUUUGAUAUGCUACAUUAUCUGGUUUGUUUGUUUUCUACAUGUUUUGUCAUAUUUUUGUUUAAGAGUUGUGUUAAACUAUUGAGUAACUUUUAUUUUUAUUUUUUGUCUAUAUGAUAAUAUCUUGAGUUUAUUUUUUCUUAUUUGCCUCCAGUAUUUCAGAAUAAACUUUACACCUAAUGGUUUACCAAUAUUAUAUUGUUUAAAUAACAAGUAACCCUUCAAUCAUAAUUACUUGGAUGUACUAGUAUUUUUGCCGAAAUAUGCCGGUAAUGCUGUAAUAUUUCUUUAAAAUUUAUAUGCUUUGAAUGUAUAUUUGAUUUUUAACUUUCAAGCAUCAAAGCCUUUUCAUUUUUUUUUUCAUAUUUAGCUAGGCAAAGAUUGUUUUUUGUAAAUUUCUAUUUUCAUUGUAUUUAUGAAGAGGUACUAAUAUAUUGAUAUACAAAUAAUAUACAAUUACAUUUGACAUGUAGUGAAAUUGGAAGGGAAAAUAUGAAAUAUUGUUCAUUCUUUGAAUAUAAAGGGAAUGGUUAAAUAGGGCUCUAUCAGUACUUGAUAGUAAUUAUGUUUUAAUAUCUUUGUUUAUUUUAUGAAAAAUAAAGUUUAACUUGGAAAGCAAAACAUGUUUCGUAAUAGAGAUAU